GGCAGCAGUGAUUUUUUUCACAUAAAUAUAUCGCACUUAAAUGAGUUUAGACAGCAUGACAUCAGAGAGUAAUUAAAUUGGUUUGGGUUGGAAUUCCGUUUCCAAUUCCUGAGUUCAGGUUUGUAAAAGAUUUUUCUGAGCACCUGCAGGCCUGUGUGUUUGUGUGUGUGAAGUAUUUUCACUGGAAAGGAUUCAAAACUUGGGAAAAAAAAAAAAAAACUGGAGCACACAGGCAGCAUUACGCCAUUCUUCCUUCUUGGAAAAAUCCCUCAGCCUUAUACAAGCCUCCUUCAAGCCCUCAGUCAGUUGUGCAGGAGAAAGGGGGCGGUCGGCUUUCUCCUUUCAAGAACGAGUUAUUUUCAGCUGCUGACUGGAGACCGGUGCACGUCUGGAUACGAGAGCAUUUCCACUAUGGGACUGGAUACAAACACACACCCGGCAGACUUAAAGAGUCUCAGACUGAGGAGAAAGCCUUUCCUUCUGCUGCUACUGCUGCUGCCGCUGCUUUUGAGGGUCCACUCCUUUCAUGGUUUUUCCUGCCAAACCAGAGGCACCUUCGCUGCUGCUGCCGUUCUCUUUGGUGCCAUUCAGCGGCUGGCCAGAGGAUGAGACUCCCCAAACUCCUCACUUUCUUGCUUUGGCACCUGGCUUGGCUGGAACUGGAAUUCAUCUGCACUGUGUUGGGUGCCCCAGACUUGGCCCAGAGACCCCAGGGGGCCAGGCCAGGAUUGGCCAAAGCAGAGGCCAAGGAGAGGCCCCCCCUGGCCCGGAACAUCUUCAGGCCAGGAGGUCACAGCUAUGGUGGGGGGGCCACCAAUGCCAGGGCAAAGGGGGGCAGUGGGCAGACAGGGGGCCUGACACAGCCCAAGAAGGGUGAACCCAAAAAGCUGCCCCCCAGAUCGGGUGGGCCUGGACCCAAGCCAGGACACCCUCCCCAGACAAGGCAGGCUGCAGCACGGACUGUGACCCCAAAAGGACAGCUUCCUGGGGGUAAGGCACCCCCAAAGGCAGGAUCUGCCCCCAGCCCCUUUCUGCUGAAGAAAGCCAGAGAGCCCGGGCCCUCUCGAGAGCCCAAGGAGCCGUUCCGCCCGCCCCCCAUCACGCCCCACGAGUACAUGCUCUCUCUGUACAGGACACUGUCCGAUGCUGACAGAAAGGGAGGCAACAGCAGCGUGAAGUUGGAGGCUGGCCUGGCCAACACCAUCACCAGCUUUAUUGACAAAGGGCAAGAUGACCGAGGCCCUGUUGUCAGGAAGCAGAGGUACGUGUUUGACAUUAGUGCCCUGGAGAAGGACGGGCUGCUGGGGGCUGAGCUGCGGAUCCUGCGGAAGAAGCCCUCAGACACGGCCAAGCCAGCGGCCCCCGGCAGUGGGCGGACUGCCCAGCUGAAGCUGUCCAGCUGCCCCAGCGGCCGGCAGCCGGCAGCAUUGCUGGAUGUGCGCUCCGUGCCAGGCCUGGAUGGGUCUGGCUGGGAGGUGUUUGACAUCUGGAAGCUUUUUCGAAACUUUAAGAACUCAGCCCAGCUGUGCCUGGAGCUGGAAGCCUGGGAACGGGGCCGGGCCGUGGACCUCCGUGGCCUGGGCUUUGACCGGGCUGCACGACAGGUCCAUGAGAAGGCCCUGUUCCUGGUGUUUGGCCGCACCAAGAAACGGGACCUAUUCUUUAAUGAGAUUAAGGCCCGCUCUGGCCAGGAUGACAAGACUGUGUAUGAGUACCUGUUCAGCCAGCGGCGAAAACGCCGGGCCCCACUGGCCACUCGCCAGGGCAAGCGGCCCAGCAAGAACCCCAAAGCCCGCUGCAGUCGGAAGGCACUGCACGUCAACUUCAAGGACAUGGGCUGGGAUGACUGGAUCAUUGCACCCCUUGAGUAUGAAGCCUUCCACUGUGAGGGGCUAUGUGAGUUCCCCUUGCGCUCUCACCUGGAGCCCACGAACCAUGCGGUCAUCCAGACCCUGAUGAACUCCAUGGACCCUGAGUCCACACCACCCACCUGCUGUGUGCCCACGAGGCUGAGUCCCAUCAGCAUCCUCUUCAUCGACUCUGCGAACAACGUGGUCUAUAAGCAGUAUGAGGACAUGGUUGUGGAGUCUUGUGGCUGCAGGUAGCAGCACUGGCCCUCUGACUUCCUGGGUGGCACAUCCCUAGGGUACUGGUCAUAAGAGCCCCUCCUUGUACUCCUGGAAUCAGGAAGCUGCAGCUAGGAGCUUCUACACAGCCUGAAUGAAAGGGAUUCCAAAAGCCUUGCUCACUGUAUGACUUGGGGUAAAGGUCCCUUUUCAUCUACAAGUCCCCCUGUCAGAGGAUUUCUGCCCCUCUGCCACCCUGACUGGCAGGGAUAGGCUUCAGCCCAGGAAGACAGACUUUGAGUGGGACUGAGACCCAGGAAGAGGAGGAUAUUUUCCAAUGAGGCUCAGCCCACGAUCUCUCCUUUAGCUGGGCCUUCUUGGCCUCUGGACUCUUCAGGGAGAUCUGGUGCUAUCCUGAGCUCCUCUUGGGAGAGCCACAGGUUCCACCCCCUCCUCGAGAUGCCUUUGUGUCCGAAGCAGAUGAGAUGCUGAUUGGGCAGGGGUGGGAGAGAGGGGGCGAGGGCUUGGGCAGGGGUGAGGUAUGUGAGGCUGUUAGACUAUUAGAUUAAAAUGUUCAUUGAUGAGAUAAAAAGCAAAACUGUGCCUAAAACUGUGGCAAAUUUCUUGUGUACUCUGGGGACCCAGUGGCCCCUAAAAACUCAAAGAAUAAUUGAUCCGGGUGCGGAGGAGAGUUGCUUUGCACGUAAACUUCGUUUCCAGGGCCCACUCCCCAUUCCCUCCCCUAGAAACUGAAGCAGAAUGGGACAGAGAGUACAGGCUGAGCAGGGCCAGUGCUCACCUCUAACCCCAUUCCUGUUCCUUCCAAGGGUCUGCUGGUCUGGAGCUCCAUCUGCUCUGUUGCAGCCUGGCAACAAAGUUCAGUUUUCUUUCUGACAUUCCUCAGUCAAGUUUGUUGUCUCCUAAAUGGUAAGGAAAUAAGGGAUUUCAUUUCCUCUAAAAUCAUCCCCACUUCAUUAGUGUCUGCCCUGGCCUCUUGCCCUACCCCGACAUACUAAC